AUGGAGCGAAGUCUACUGCAAUGCACGCGUCUCUUUUCAAGAUGUACAGCGCAGACAUCAUGUCGUAGUCUGCCAAAACAUAAGCCCUCGGCCGUCGCAUCAGCACGACAAGCACGCUUCCUACACACGACACGCCCCGCCCUUCUCCAAUCCAAACCUCCCAAAACGCGCGAUCGCGGCCCCAAGAGUGACGAAGACACACAGACCGAUUUCAGCGCUCUUGACGUCCUCCGAAAUACGGUUGCGCCUGCUACGUCAAUCGAUGCCUGCACAGGCGAUGGCUUCGCACUCAACAAUCAGAUGCGCAUUAGCGGGUGCGGAAUUCUCUUAGUAGGCGGUGAAGCAUAUCGAUGGCGGCCAUGGCUACGCGAAGGAAGGAAAGAAGGUACUGUUGCUGGAGGAGGCACAGGAGAUGAUAUGAUGACGGGCAGACUGCUGAAUGCAAAGGGCCAAUGGGAAGUGCAGGAGCGGGCUUGGGGAGUGCUGGAGUUGCUAUAUCCAAAGCCUGAUCUGCUCAUCGUCGGCACCGGCCCCAACACUAUCCCCCUUGCGCCUGCGGUUCGCAAAUACCUCAACGAUUUGGGCAUACGACUAGAAGUUCAAGAUACUAGGAACGCGGCGGCGCAGUUCAACCUACUCGCAACGGAAAGGGGUGUAGGGCAGGUCGCAGCAGCGCUUAUACCCAUAGGCUGGAGAGAGGGCCGAGGGAUUUCGCACUAA